CACCGCGCAGCCCCGCGCCUACCUGAGCCAGCAGCGCGGCGGGGAGCGGCUCCGCGGCCGGUACGGUGAGUGCCCAGCUCUGCUCCCACAGCAACGAUGAAACUCCUGCCGCUUGCUGCGUUCCUCCUGCUCGUCUUGACGGCGCUGGAAGCCAGACCGAAGCCUUCAGCCCUGAAGUGCAGGACGGGUCCCCUGGACAUUGUCUUUGUGAUCGACAGCUCCCGCAGCGUGCGUCCCUUUGAGUUUGAGACCAUGCGGCGCUUCAUGAUCGACAUCAUUGGCAACCUGGACGUGGGUCCCAACGCCACGCGGGUUGGGGUGAUCCAGUACUCCAGCCAGGUGCAGAACAUCUUCUCCCUCAAGACCUUCUUCACGCGGGCAGAAAUGGAGAGAGCCAUCAACGGCAUCGUACCGCUGGCCCAGGGCACCAUGACGGGGUUGGCCAUCCAGUACGCCAUGAAUGUGGCCUUCACCGUGCAGGAGGGCGCACGCCCACCCCACAAGAAAAUCCCCCGCAUCGCCAUCAUUGUGACGGAUGGACGGCCCCAGGACCGCGUCUCUGAGGUGGCCGCCCAUGCGCGGAACGCCGGCAUUGAGAUCUACGCCGUGGGCAUCCAGCGGGCUGACAUGAACUCGCUGCGGGCCAUGGCCUCACCGCCACUGGAGGAGCACGUCUUCCUGGUGGAGUCCUUCGAGCUGAUCCAGCAGUUUGGGAAGCAGUUCCAGGACAAGCUGUGCGGGGUAGACAUGUGCAUGGAACGGGACCACGGAUGCCAGCACAGCUGUGUGAGCACCCCCAGCUCCUUCUACUGUGAAUGCCACCCUGGCUACCAGCUCAACGUGGAUGGAAAGACCUGUUCCCCCAUCGACGCAUGUGCUGACAGCAGGCAUGGCUGUGAGCACCACUGCAUCAGCACCCGGGGGACGUACUCAUGCCGCUGCCGCGCCGGGUAUCAUCUCAACCAGGACAAGAGGAGCUGCACAAUGAUUGAUUACUGCAGCUUCGGCAACCACAGCUGCCAGCACGACUGUGUGAGCAUCCCUGCUGGGCACCGCUGCCGCUGCCGUGAUGGCUUCAUGCUGCAGCACGACGGCAAGUCCUGCCGCGCCAUUGACCUCUGCAACGGGGUGGAUCACGGCUGCGAGUUCAAGUGUGUGAGCAGUGAAAGUUCGUUCCAUUGCGUGUGCCCCGAGGGCCAGCAGCUCCAUGCUGAUGGGAAGACAUGCAACAAGUGUGGGGCCGGGCAUGUUGACCUAGUGAUGGUGAUCGAUGGCUCCAAGAGUGUCCGGCCCCAGAACUUCGAGCUGGUGAAGCAGUUUGUGAACCGCAUUGUGGAUCUACUGGAAGUGUCCCCUGAUGGCACACGUGUGGGGCUGGUGCAGUACUCCAGCCGUGUCCGCACUGAGUUCCCCCUCAACAAGUACCACAGUGCAGAGGAGAUCAAGGAGGCGGUGAUGAAGAUGGAGUACAUGGAGAAGGGCACCAUGACAGGCUUGGCCCUCAAGCACAUGGUAGAGCACAGCUUCUCUGAACUGGAAGGGGCCAGGCCACUCUCCUACAACGUGCCCAGGAUCGGGCUCGUCUUCACGGAUGGACGCUCCCAGGAUGACAUCUCAGAGUGGGCACAGAGAGCUAAAGAGUCAGGUAUUGUCAUGUUCGCUGUGGGUGUCGGCAAGGCAGUGGAAGAGGAACUGAGAGCCAUCGCCUCUGAGCCAGUGGAGCAGCACUUCUCCUACUCGGCAGACUUCACCACCAUGACCAACCUCGUGGAGAACUUCAAGCUGAACAUCUGCCCAGAGGAGGGCAGAGGGGAGACGGAGAUCCGCAGCCCAUGUGAGUGCGAGGCGCUGGUGCAGUUCCAGACAAACACCGUGGCCAUCCUGCAGAGCUUGACUGAGAGAAUUGCUCAGAUGACAGCCAGACUGGAAGCCCUGGAGAAGCAGAUUGCCCUCAAGAAGUGAUCCUUGCAGCAGGUCACAGGGCUCAGAGGGGACCUACAGUAGCUACGUGGCAUUGUUAUUGAUAGAUUAUGUAAAGCAUCAUUGCUUGUUCUUUAUCACAAAAUCCCAAGGGGAUGUGGAGUGUAUGAAAAAAAAAAAAAAAAAUCUUUAAAAAAAAGGGGGAAAAAGAACUCGAGCAAAAGCCCUACUGCGAAGCAAAUGGGUUCAGCCCUCGUCGUUGCCUCGUCCCUCCAGCCUGGCUGGUCUGGGGCAAGGUGGGCAAGGUUUGGAAGAGGAGUCGUGACACAGCUCCUGAUGCAGCUGGGAUGGGCAGCAGCCCCUGCACCGUUCCCUGCGCUGCUUUGCAUGAGGAAACCCAGCAGUGGCAGCACCCAGAGAGCUGCUGCGGGCAGGAUGAGGCUGUGCAGCAGGACUGCAUGUGGGCUGAGUGCUCCCCAGCCCCACAGCCGUGGGGGUGCAGCCCAUGGGAGAGCAGGCAGCAGGAUCCCCUCAUCCCUGUUUUGGCAGAAUUCUUCUAGAAUCGAUCAUUAUCUUCUUUUAUUGGGUUGGGUUUUUUUUUUAAUCACGUAGCAAAAUGGUAAUAAUUCUCCCUAUAAAUAUCUACGUGUGUGUGUAUAUAUAUAUUUUAUUGUGAGAGCAGGGUAGUGCUAUUUUUAAACCCUUAUUUUAUAUAUGGAAAUUUCUAUCCUGACAAUAAACACC